AGCGCGCGGCUGCGCACUGGGCCGCCCGCCCGCCCUCCCGGAAGCGCAGUGCCGGGCUCCCGCCACGUCUGCCGCUGCACUUUCUCCCAGGUCCCGCCAGAGCCGCGGCGCACGGGGACUGGGCAGGGAGCAUCAUGGGCAGCGUGACACCGCGCUCCGCCUCCGCACUGCUUCUGCUGCUUUUGCUCCAGGUAGAGCGGCCACGGGGUGCGGAGCUCACCUUCGAGCUGCCUGACAACGCCAAGCAGUGUUUCCACGAGGAUGUGGAGCAGGGCGUGAAGUUCUCCCUGGAUUACCAGGUCAUCACUGGAGGCCACUACGAUGUGGACUGCUAUGUGGAAGACCCCCUGGGGAACACCAUCUACAGGGAAACCAAGAAGCAGUAUGACAGCUUCACGCACCGGGCUGAGGUCAAGGGCGUCUAUCAGUUUUGCUUCAGUAAUGAGUUUUCCACCUUCUCUCAUAAGACCGUCUACUUUGAUUUUCAAGUGGGCGACGAGCCUCCUAUUCUCCCAGACAUGGGGAACAGGGUCACAGCUCUCACCCAGUGCUCAGUAGUCACAAGUGCCCAUGCGUGGAGAGUUCUGUUGGACAGCACUAGGUAUGAACUUGGCAACGUGACGGCUGAUGGAAGGUCUGGCCCAGAGUGUGUCUUAUGGAGAAGCUCUUUCACAACCUGUCCGUCUGCUGGUCAUUGAUGAAAUAGCUUCUGUUUUGGAGAUUGUAUGGAGUCCGCCUGUGUGACCAUCCACGAAGCUCUGAAGACCGUGAUUGACUCCCAGACGCAUUACCGGCUCCGGGAGGCCCAGGACCGGGCCCGGGCCGAAGACCUGCACAGCCGCGUCUCUUACUGGUCUGUUGGCGAGACGAUCGCCCUGUUCGUGGUCAGCUUCGGCCAGGUGCUGCUGCUGAAGAGCUUCUUCACAGAAAAACGACCCAUGGGCAGGGCGGUCCACUCCUAGUCGGGUGCUCUGCUCCUGGGCCCCUGCCAUCCUGGCGUGGAGCAGCUCCCUCCAUCACAGGCUCCUGUGGGCCGAGGGUGCACCCCUGGGUGGAGGCAGAGCUGCCUGGCAAAGAGCACGGGCUGAUGUGCUCUCACCCCGUCCUCUGUUCGGAUGCCUAGUCCUUGUUUGCCAGCCUCCACAUCUCAUGGAUCCCAGUCAUCGGAGGGCAUUGAGCGGCCUUCCCUGUGUAACCGUGCACGAAGAAGGGGUGCAGUUAGGCUGGGAUUGGUCACAUGGGGGUGCAGGAAGGCAGCGUUCCAGUGGCCUGGCUGGUAGGAGGAACCCCAGGGCUGUCUGCUCUGUGACAUGUGGCUUCUGUGGCUUGGGUGUGUGUCCUAUCCUGUGUGGGGAAGACCAGGCCCUCGGUCUGGCCUUUCCUCCCACGGAGCUCUCUGCACCUGUGGAAACCAGGCCUGGAAGCAGCUUUGCAGCAAUUCCCACCCUGGGUGGGCCAUGAGGUCAGCCAGGCAGGCAGGAACAAAACGGUGGCUGGGUGUCUUGGUUGGCUGUGUAUGUAUCUCCCAGGAGGCGGGACACUGGCUAAUAAAAACUGUGUGAGCACCACGA